CGGCAGAGGAGACUCGGGGGCCAUUUUGUGAAGAGGCGAAGACUGAGCGGUUGCGGCGGUGUUGCCGACCUCGAGCAGCAGUCCGCUUCUCCACGUAGAACCCGGGAGUAGGAGAUUCAGAAUCGAAUCUCUUCUCCCUCCCCCCUCCUGGUUACAAAUCACUUGAAAUAUAUAAGUUAGUGGAGCUUGCUUGAGGGCAGCAAGGCGAACCCCAUCCCUACUCACUGGAGCUCAGCUUUGAUUUUUAACCUCCCUUCCCCAACCUUCCAGAACACACACAUUCCCAUUCCAAAAAUGAUUUUAUAAAGACAUUUUAAACAUAAUGAUGCAACUUGGUGUGCACUACAGCAAAUUUACAGGUGUUUUUUUUUUAAUUGUUUCCAAAAACGGGACUUGGAUUUAAGAUGUAAUUUUUAAAUUUCUAUUUUUUUCUGCAGCAGUUGGGUUAGAGGAGGAGGAGCCUUUUAGCCUCUCAUAAACUGACCUCUCUACUUCCUCGUGUAUUUUUUAGAUUGAUUGAUGAUGUGGAAAGGGCUUUGCUUGUCUGCUACUGAGAACUUUACCCUUGCGGUUUUUGUGGAAACUGCUUUUGGAAAGAAAAAGAAAUGAACUUUACUGACUUGACAUUUUUGCACCUCCCGUUUUUCUAAUCUGGGCUAUUUUUAUUUUUGUUUUUUUACAGUGAGAUUUUUUUGAUCUUCAGCUACAGUAAGUUAUUCCAAUUUUUUUUUUACAUUUUUCCUGACUUUCCGCUGAUUUCCUUUUUAUUGUUGUUACUAGUUACUAUUAUUAUUAUUUAUUAUACUUAAUGAUGGUGAUGAUGAUGAUGAUAAUGACACUGAUGAUUUUUAACCGGAUUAAAAUCUUGAGUUUUUCUGAAUGUUGAUAAGAAUUUCUCCGGCCUCCUGAUUGACUUUGGAGUUUUGCAUCUUGGGAGAGAAAGUGAAGGCAUUAGCAUUUUUAAGUGGAUUGAUCACAUAAACCUUUUCUCUCCCAACCUCCCCUUGCCCUCAUCCCCUUCCCCACGCUUGAAAGAAAUUUUGCUGGCUGUUAAGUCUGUGACCUUAUUUUUCCUGAUCUUUAACUUAACUGUUUUAGAGCAUCUCUGGACGUCUGUAUUUUUAAUUUUUUUAUUUUUAUUUUUUUUUAUUUUUAAUCUUUCAUUUGUUAAAUUUUUAAACUGUGCUGCAAUAAAAUGUGUGUGGUACUACUUAACACCUAUGAUGGUGAUGGCAUUUUCCCAGAAAGCCAUCUCCCUCCUGUUUCCCUUGAAAUCCCAUCCUGCUUUUCCUGUACACUGCCCCUCACAAACCACAAGCUGCAGCAACAUGGAUGCCCAGCCUGGAGCAGCAGCAGCCAGGAUGAUCUGGAGCCAGGGGGGCCUUCGGAACAGAUGCACACCCUUCCUGGGUGAUGUUUUUCGGCUUUGUGAAUUACCUUAUCAUCAAAGACAAUGGCCAGCAACGUUACCAACAAGACAGAUCCUCGCUCCAUGAAUUCCCGUGUAUUCAUUGGGAAUCUCAAUACUCUUGUGGUCAAGAAAUCUGAUGUGGAGGCAAUCUUCUCAAAAUAUGGCAAAAUCGUGGGUUGCUCUGUUCAUAAGGGCUUUGCCUUCGUUCAGUACGUUAAUGAGAGAAAUGCUCGAGCUGCUGUUGCAGGAGAGGAUGGCCGAAUGAUUGCUGGCCAGGUUUUAGAUAUUAAUCUGGCUGCAGAGCCAAAAGUGAACCGAGGAAAGGCAGGUGUGAAACGAUCUGCAGCGGAGAUGUACGGGUCAGUACCAGAACACCCUUCUCCGUCCCCUCUACUCAGCUCCUCUUUUGACUUGGACUAUGACUUUCAACGGGAUUAUUAUGACAGGAUGUACAGUUACCCAGCACGUGUUCCUCCUCCUCCUCCUAUUGCUCGGGCUGUAGUGCCCUCAAAACGCCAGCGUGUAUCAGGAAACACCUCACGAAGGGGCAAAAGUGGCUUCAAUUCUAAGAGUGGACAGCGGGGAUCAUCUUCUAAGUCUGGAAAGUUAAAAGGAGAUGACCUUCAGGCCAUUAAGAAGGAGUUGACCCAGAUAAAACAAAAAGUGGAUUCUCUACUGGAAAGCCUGGAAAAAAUCGAAAAGGAACAGAGCAAACAAGGAGUAGAGAUGAAGAAUGAUAAGUCAGAAGAGGAGCAGAGCAGCAGCUCCCAGAAGAAAGAUGAGACUAAUGUGAAGAUGGAGUCUGAGGGGGGUGCAGAUGACUCUGCUGAGGAGGGGGACCUACUGGAUGAUGAUGAUAAUGAAGAUCGGGGGGAUGACCAGCUGGAGUUGAUCAAGGAUGAUGAAAAAGAGGCUGAGGAAGGAGAGGAUGACAGAGACAGCGCCAAUGGCGAGGAUGACUCUUAAGCACAUAGUGGGGUUUAGAAAUCUUGUCCCAUUAUUUCUUUACCUAGGCGCUUGUCUAAGAUCAAAAUUUUCACCAGAUCCUCUCCCCUAGUAUCUUCAGCACAUGCUCACUGUUCUCCCCAUCCUUGUCCUUCCCAUGUUCAUUAAUUCAUAUUGCCCUGCGCCUAGUCCCAUUUUCACUUCUUUGACGCUCCUGGUAGUUAUGUUAAGUCUUACCCUGUAAUUUUUGCUUUUAAUUUUGAUACCUCUUUAUGACUUAACAAUAAAAAGGAUGUAUCGUUUUUAUUAACUGUCUCCAAAAUAAUCUGUUGUUAUGCAGGGAGUACAGUUCUUUACAUUCAUACAUGAGUUAGUAGUUGCUUCCCUAACUGCAAAGGCAAUCUCAUUAGUUGAGUAGCACCUGAGAGCAGCUUUGAGUUAGAGGUAUGUGUGUUAUACCCCACAUAAGAGUGCUGUGUGGGGCUGUUCAACACAAAUGUAACAAUGUAUUUUUGUGAAUGAGAGUUGGCAUGUCAAAUGCAUCCUGUAGAAAAAUAAUUAGUGUAAUAGUCUUAAGAUUUGUUUUCUAAAGUUGAUACUGUGGGUUAUUUUUGUGAACAGCCUGAUGUUUGGGACCUUUUUUCUCAAAAUAAACAAGUCCUUAUUAAACCAGGAAUUUGGAGAAAAAAUAAACACCCUGGUUUUUUAUUUUUGUAUUUUAUAGUUGUUUACUUCAAAUUCUUUGUUCCACAGCAGCUUCCACAAAACCCCUAGAAUGUACUACUAGAUAAUGUUUUUCUUUGAGUCAUAACUACUCUGCAUACCAACAUACACAACUCAAAUUGUUUUGCUGGGGUGGGAGUUGAAUUAAGGAGACAAGUGACUUGUGGAGUGGAGAUUGUUUUGCAAAUAUGGCUUUUAAAUACUGAUGAUAAAGUUUGGGAACUACAUUAAGCUGUUUUUGUCGGUGCUUUGUGGUCCAGUUAGCACCCUUUUUGAGAUUUUUUUAUUGUGUGCUAAAUUGUUCCAUUUCUAAAUAGAAGAGGCUCAAACAUGUCAAGAUUUUAGGAAAAGGUGAAACAACUGGAGAAUGAAAGCUGUAUUUUCUUCAAUUUUAGUUCUUUUGAUUGCUAUUUAUAGCCCUAGUUACCAUGUGGAUUCUGAGUCUAUGCCUCAGUGUUACUGAAAAUAGGAGAGGUCUUUAUUUUCUGGUCGUCUUUAGUCUAUGUCUUCCUAAAUAACUGUGAGGAUGUAGAGUUAUAUGUUUAUCUUACAUUUAAUUAAUUCAAUCCAUAUAAACUAAUUUUUGCCCCUUAUGUUUUAUACUUGAGUUUUUCCAGCAGAGCAGGAUAGAAAUAUGGUUAAAUUGAACUCUUAUCACUCAUACAAACCUUGGAUUCCCCAGAAAGUUGCUGCUGUUUCAUAGAUACAGCAAAGGAAUUUUUAUACAAGCUACUAUGGGCAGAAAUCACACCCUAUUUAUGAAGCUCUCAUAAAUCAUUUUAUAAAACAGGUGACAAAGAAUAGAAAGAAGGGAGAGGCUAAACUGGAUGACCCUUGAAUCUCAAAUCCAUAGUAUAUGAGUAGCUUUUGUGUGAUAAUUUGGUCAAAAAUACUUCUAAUCUCCCCGUUUUCUGAUUGUGUGUGUUCAUAUGUUACACAAACUCAUAACUCAUGACAAGAAAAUAAACUAGAUACUAAGAGAAAGAUGCUAAUAAAUGUGUUUGAGAUUAUGUUAGCCAUCAGUAUUUUAAAAGAUAGGCAUGAACAUGUCUGUGUUUAAGUAUUGAUUUUAAAAAAAAAUCUCUGGAAAAAGCCCUCUUAAGCUAGAGAAAUGAUUGUACACUCUCAGAAAAACUACACACACGUGGGCAUAUGCACAUGCAUAUAGGGUUACUGAUAAAAUACCUGUGUUACUAAUUUGUCUUGAGGAAGAGUCAUUUCAUGCUGUAGGUCUCACACUACUAUGAAUUAAAUUUCCUCAUGUAACGAAGAACAGUACUCUGGGUGAUCUAUUCAGAUCAAUACUUUCAAUGCAGGCCCCUAGGCUAAAACUAUAGAAAGUAAAACAUUUUUAAAAUAGCAUAUUAAAUAUUUUUUGAAAUCUGAUCAAAGGCAGAUAUUAUAGACUUCCCCCCCCCAAGGCUAGUAUUCUUGAAGAUCCUGUGAUAGGUUUUUAGUCACUGUUACAGUGCCUAACCCCAGGAAGUGAGACUAGAAUAGGUUCAGUAGAAAUUAAGAGACUGAAUAGGCUUGGCAGUGCAAGUAAAGGUGGAAAGUUUGACAGUUCUAGAAUCAACUAAUUGUUUAGAGAGAAUUCUGGGUAACUUGACAGCCUCAAAGACAGGGGCUUUACAAUAAUGAGUGGAAGUAAGAUUAAAAACAAAGUUGGGUGUAAAGUUUAGGAUAAUGGGUUUUUCUUUUAGUUUCUGUUUUUGUUUUUUUGUUUGUUUUUUAGGGCCGUACCCUCGGCAUAUGGAGGUUCCCAGGCUAGGGGUCUAAUCAGAGCUACAGCUGCUGGCCUCCGCCAGAGCCACAGCAACGCCAGAUCCUUCCUUAACCCACUGAGCAAGGCCAGGGAUCUAAUCUGCAACCGCAUGGUUCCUAGUUGGAUUUGUUUUCACCGCACCGCAACGGGAACUCUGUAUAAUGGGUUUUCUUAAUGUGCCAUGAAGUGUAAGAAAAGUGCCUUGGAAGCUUUUAAGAAUUUCAGUCUCCAACAAAGAUUGGAAAGCAAGAGAAAGGUGGAUGAUUAAAAAGAAAUCCCUUUUCAACAUUUCUGAUGGUACAUAAAUUUUAAUUGGUAAGCUGUUCUUUGGAACUCACUGGCUUAGGGUAGGUACUUUCUAAUUUGCUGUUACCUCACCAGAUAAAGGAGCGAACUUAAAGACAUCAAGUUGGAGUAGAUGACAAAUUUGGAAUGCUUGAAAAUGAGGGGGUUCCCAAUGGAUUUCAGUUUGGAAACAGAUUCGUGUCAGUCAAUGCAUGUUUUGAAGCCCGUGUUUUAUAGAGGGAACUAGAUAGAAAAAGUAAUAAUGAAAACAAGAAUAUAGUAAAUUGGAAGGGCAUAUGCUGAAGUCAAAGGAUUGAGAGUAAACAGAAGGAGUAGUAGAACAAAAAUAACUAUUUGAGCCAAUGGAGUGGACAUAAAAUAUUAGUAAAUCUACUGGACACCUUCGCAGCAGUAUAUUCCAAAAAAUAAGUAGCCAAGGAAAAGCCCCAAGGUUAUGAUAGGAAAGUAAAGAAGCAGGUGACAAACUAUACUUCACAAGAAGUAGUGCUAACAGCCCAGAUGAAGUGAUGGGAUGGGAUGUGUUGUGAAAAUAGUUGGGGAAUAGGAAAUGGCUGUGUAUUUAAAGAGAUCAGUUGGAAAAUGUACUUUGUUCUGAGAAUGUGUGGCUAGCCUGUGACAGCACUUGACUGGCCACUGAUUUACUAAUUUUAUUUUAAAAAAUCAGUGGUAAAUAGAUAUGACAUAGAAAUGACAGUGAUUAGUAAAUUUUAUAUAUAAUAUGCAGAGUGGGGAUACUAAAUAACCUCACUUUAUCGAUGCUGUACCUCAGAACAAAUUUAUACUAGGGUGUUUAUUUGACUAAUAAGGGGCACUGUGUUGGAGAACUUUUAGUGUUUGGAACGACCUUUGGGAUAAAGUAAAAAUUAGGCCAAUUAAAUUCUGUAACGAAAUGUUCCAUUGUGGCUCAGUGGAUUAAGGACCUGACAUCUCUUGAGGAUUCAUGUUUGAUCCCUGGGCUGGCUCAGUUAAGGAUCCAUCAUUACCAUAAGCUAUGGCAUAGGCUGCAGCUGUAGCUCUUAUCCAUUCCCUGGCCCAGGAACCCAAAUGCCACAGGUGUGGCCCUAAAGAGAAAGAAGGAAAAAAACUUUAGCGAAAAGCCUGGAUAUAGAUGUAUAGCUGACUGGGAUGACAGAAUUCCAAAUGUUUAGAGAGGAGACUAAACUAGGGGUUUUGAAAAUUUUAAGUUAUUCCAAGAUUAAUAAAAUUAAUCUUAACUGAAUUGAAGUAAAUCAAGGAGAAGGCCUUAAAACUGGUAGUUGCAUUAGUAACUUUCGAGUUUGAAAAAAUUAGAACCUCAGUUAUGGAAACCCCAGGACCUGUUUACAAAGUGUUGAAGAAUUAAAGCUCUUUUGUGAGCUAGAGUGGCACUCUGCCCCCACCACUUAAAUUAGAACUACAAAACAUAGGAAGAGGGGAGAGAUACUAUAAUGUGGAAUAUGCAAAACAAAUUAAAAACCAGUAGUUAACAGGAAAGAGUUGUAGCCAAGAUGAAUGGGGAAUAAGAAAGCACUGUACAGUCCAGUAGAACUUUGUGUGAUGAUGGAAAUGUUUUAUCACACCGUAUCAUACCAAUAUGGUAUCCCUGUGGCUGAGCCCUUGAAUUGUGGCUAGUGUGAUAGGAAUUGGAUUUUGUUAUUUUUAAUUUAAAUAGCCACAUAUUAUAUGUGACUGCCUUAUUAGGGUAGUAUUAGAUAAUACCAAGCAGUUUCUAAACAAGUACAGAUACUGAUUACAAACUCAAACUUAUAUGCACAAAUGUGACUUUCCAAGAUGGUUCAUGUCCUAUAUUCAUUGAAAAUAAAUUAUUCUCAGGCUCUGUAGACACUAACACUGAAACUUACCUAGAACAUCCCUAUUCCCUAACAUGGAGUAUUUCCCUAGCAUGAGAACAUCUGCAACUGCAGGACUGGUCCAUGUUGCUCACACCUCCAUUUAGCAAUGUCUCUUGCAGGAUAAAAUACAUUUAAGUUGGAACCAAUCUUGUCAGUUGGGUGGCCUGAGGCUCAAAGCAGAUACUACCAUUUACAGAGUUGUAUAGCCACUCAGCAUAAUGCUACAAAGGCUUUUAACAUGUACAAUCUUACUUGAUUAUUGCACAAUCCUUUUACAUGUAUAUGGAAGUGGUGAUUGCCAUGUUUCAAUAAUUUUGAGAGAGGUUAUAGCUAUUAAGUGGUGGUGCCAACCUUGCAAUCUGUUAUCUAAACAUCCAUGGAUUUCCUACCUUAGGAAAGGGGAUGGUAUCUUUGAACACACAUCCUGAAUCCUUCAAAGUGACAGAACUGUUUCCAAACUAUAGUAACAUACUCUGAGCACCUACUCUCUUAAACUUAACAAAAGAGGAAAAAAUAUCCUCACCAUUUUUCUUUCCAUUCUGGUCAUUGAGCGGUUUGUGAACUAAUCAUUGGAAAAGCAGAAUAACUAAAAAAUGCCAAGGAGCUGAAAUUCUGCUGUUUUGUGCUACAUGUUUGGGCUUUAAAAAUGUAGCAAGUAUACAGAAAAUACAUUUUCUCCCACCCAUUUUCUUAGCUCUUCCUGGGGCACCCAGAACCGCUAUUUUAAACCAUUUCCACCCCCAAACAACAUAAACUUUACAACCGUCUUGUUAAGAAGUUAUUAUUUGUCAGGAUAAUACAAUGACUGCAUGACUUUGUCUCUGUACCUUGAUAGUUACAUGACUCAUUAGAAGCAUCUGGCCAUUGCAAGGGCAUCCUAAAAAACAAGUCCCAAAAGGACUUGAUGUGAAAGGGAAUGGAUGACACAAACCCUCACAAGCCACAGUAAUGAAUUGCUGGUGUGGCUAUAAGACAUGAAUGGAGGGGGAUGGUAGGUGGGAGGUGAACCUGCUUAUUUCCACGUUGGUCCUUUGUUAAUAGCUGUACUAGUUCUCAUCUAAACUUGGAAGUCUUAUUGUGGACUUUGAUGCUUUUUUUUUUUUUUUUGGCCUGUUUUGUCCCUGCCUUGAGGGAUGCUUGCUUGCUCCAAAGAGUUACAAAUGAGAAACUUCAGGGACCCUCUUGGCCCUACUGGAAGAAAUUACCCUAACCAGAGAGCUGGACCAGAUGGUCUGCUAAAUAGCUCGCUAGAGCCAGCUGCCAGCCCAGCCUUACCCACAAUAAUAUUCCUCUCUCUGCUUGGAAUCUGUGUUAAAUUUAUUAGUUUCUUCAUCCAGGCAAAUCUGCUCCUCGUCCAGAAUUUUAUAUGUACUCUAAACAAAAGCUGUUUGGUAGCAGCAGCUAGGUCAUUCCCAAGGUUUCAGAAGUCGCUGAGGUUUAGUUGCUAGGAAGUUAUGCUGUGGUGGUCUGCACUGUCCUUGCCAGGUCCCCCAUCCUGGACUGACCCUUGGUGUAUUUUCAGCUAGAGGUGUUCCAACUCUCUCUGCCGAAAGCAGAGAGAGAAACAGCCUUUGAUAGCAUCUACUCCCCCAGGGGCAGUCCUAGCAGCAUUCUUACUUUUUUUCUCAUGACCCCUUUGGAGUCGGCCUUAGAGUUUGCUGUCCAGUGUUUUCGUUCCCUCUUAGCUGGGCAUACAAUCCUGAUCCAUUCUAUAGGGUCCAGCAAAUACUUUCAUACAUACCCGGGGCCCUACCGUCUCUCCCUCAGCUUCGGAUCAGGCAGCACUCCUGAAAUGGGCUGUUUUGUCCUCCUAAACAUCCACCUGGGUGUAAGUAUAUACAUCUUUCCUUCAAAAUAUUAACACCCCUAGCAGAAUCUCUCACCUCCCCAAGGAUUCUGCAGCCUUCAUGCAAAUGACUCGAAGAUUCAUUUCUCCUAAAUCUCUACAGACUUCAGGGAGCUUGUCUUAGCUUUGAUGUAUCUGGAGUUCUGUUUCAACUUUUCCCAUCAAGAUGGCAGCCUCCUGCCUGCCCUCUGUUUUUCAUUUUGCCUUCCUUGUAAUGCCCUUGGGUGUUUUUCCUUCACUGAUGAUUCCAUAGUUAUGUCCCCCCCCCCUCUUUUUUUGGGCAACAAUCUUCAAUUCUUUCUUUAAGUAUUAUUGGUACUUAGCAUCUUGAGACUAUCCCAGACACAAUUUGGUUGCAACAUGGCCACACCUUUUUUUUUUCCCCUAAGACAUGGGCUAGUGAAGCAAUAACCAAGGCUAACAAUGCUUCUGUAUCUAGCCGAUGUAAACACAUGAUUGAUUUGCUCUGUUCAGAAAUAAAGAUGACACACCAUAUUUUUAAUAGCUGCUGUUAAAAUGUAGGUGCCUCCUAAAUAUCUGCUCAGUCGUUUUAUUCUUCUCUGUCUUAACUGCUACCAUCCCAGUCCAAGCAACCAUCACCUUGCAGCUGGCUUACUCAGUACCCUCUACCCUCCUGUAUACCCACAUCCACUGUGAUCCUUUUCCAAUCCCAUCUCCACACAUCAGCCAUAGUGAUCUUUUCAAAACACACAUAUAAUCAUGGCACUUCUCACCUUAACACACACAUGCACACACACGCACACACCAGCAGCUUCACUUCUUGCCCUUAGGGUAAUGCCAAAACAACACAGUAUACACAUGGGCAAAAAUGGUCUUCCCUUGCCCAUCUCUCUAGUCUCUACCACAUGCUCCCUGUGCUUUGCCUCUUCCAACCAUGUGGGACUUCUCUUUGUCUCUCUUUCUCCCCAUGCUCUUCCCUUCCGCCUUUACCCAUUUGUCCCUAGUUGAUUUCCAUUUAUCCUUAGAGUUUAGCACAAGUGUCACUCUAGGAAUCCUCCCUACCUUUCCUAAGUAGACCAAUAGGCUUUCAUAGAGCCAAGAAUCGCUUUGUAGUCACACUCAUCAAUUUAUAUGAUUAUUUGAUUAAUAAGUUUUUCUUAUUAUCAGGAACCACAUCUAUUUAUUAGUGUUCACCAGUAUAUCCCAAGUGCUUAACAUAGUGUCUGAAUCACAAAUAUAUGUUGAAUGAAUGAAUGGGGAAGGGAAAGGAAGAAGGUGAAAGAGGAUUAGCCCUGAGUGAGGCAGUCUUGGAAACAGCAGGAAUGCUAAAGCAAGGGUGAAGAACUGACUCUUCACAACACACCUGGAGGAAUGCUGUUAAUGCCUGUGCCUGUCUCAAGGAGGUGCUUUCCUAACGGGUGAAUUUCGGUGCCUUUGCUUCUGUUAUGUUUCCCAACUCCCAAUGUCAGCCUCCAACAAAUCCCUCAAUAAUUGUGUCUGAUGCCAAGGAUAAGAGAGAAAGCUCAUUAUCCAGAAAGAUAGAUAUGCCCACUGCAAUGAACCUUUAAGUCCAACUCCCUUACAUAGCCCACUCUCCACUUGAUGAGCAGCUCACCUACCCCUCAACACCUGCGUUCUUUAAUUUUUAAAAUUAAAGUGUACAUAUAUACUACAAAAUGCAUACAUUUUAAGCAUUCAGCUUAAGGAAGAUUUGCAAAGUGAAUAUGACUGCGCUCUGAUCAGGAUAUGGGACAUUCGUUACCAGUACGUCAGUGCCCCCUCCAGUUAUUACACUGCUAGGUAACCAUUAUUUUGACUUUUAUCACCAUAGAUAGGUUUUGUCUAUUUUAGAACUACAUGUAGGUGGAAUAGUAUUGUGGAAAUUUGGGCUCUCCUUGCAAGAACACUUUAAUGCAGUGGUUUAUUUUGGGGAUGAUUCCAGAAGACAUACUGAUAACGUGGCAAGAGUGAGACAGUUGAGGAAAAUUCAAUAUGAAGGUAUGUUAUUGAGACUGGAUACAUAAUGCUUCCCAGAACUGUCUGAUGGGUGGGAGAACGGGAGGCUAAAAUAUUUAGCCACUGGCUCCUGUUCCCCAUCGACUGAAGGAUGCCACAAGGGUUUAACUUCUAUAUAAUUCUGGGCUGUAACGGAUCUCAGUAGGCUCUGGCAACAAUGAAGGGCAUUUGGAUUGUUUUCGUUUGGGAUAAUACUGCUGUGAACAUUCUUGUACAUUUUUGAGAACAUGUACACAUUUCUGCUGGGUAUAUAAUUGGGUGGAAUUGCUGGGUCACAUAGUAUGAGUAUAUUUAGCUUUAGCAGAUACUGCCAAACAUUUUCCAAAGUGUACUACUAUAUAUCCCUACUAGCUGUAAAUGAAAUUUUCAGUUACUCCACAUCCUUGCCAACCUGAUAUUGUCAGGUUUUUUAAUGAGUGUGUAGUGGUAUCUCCCUUUGCCUUUUGGUAAACUUUGAAGUAUAAUUUACAUGCAGAAAAGUACACAAAUUAUGUGCAUACCUGUUACUUUUCACACACUGAACACACACCAGCUAGAAAUCAAAAACUGGAAAAUCACCAACACUACAGCCCCAUGCAAGCAUGCCCUCUUCCCAUCACUAUGCCACCAUUCCAGGAACAUUAUCCUGACACCAUAGAUUCUCUUUGUCUGAUUUUGGAACUUUAAAUAAAUAGAAUAAUGUAUUAUGUAGUUUUGUGUGUGUCUGGCUUUUUGAUUCAACAUUAUGUGUGCAAUUCAUCUAUAUUGUUGCAUGUUGUAGUUCAUACUGUUGUAUAGUAUUAUGUUGUAAAAAUAUACCACAGUUUAUUCACUCUGUGAAUAGGCAUUUGGACUGUUUUCAAUUUUGGCUAUUAUGAAUAAAGCUGUUAUGAACAUUCUA